AUGGCUUUUGUUAGCAGACUGUUUGUUCUGCCUCACUACUGUAGUCCUAUUGCUGACCUCUCACUUGUUCACAACAGACGACACAAACCUAAACACAACUCUUAUGGUACACAGAAAGAUGAUCCUGUUCUAACAAAAGUAUAUAUUUGUUUAACGAUGUGGCACGAAAACCGACGGGAAAUGAAACAGUUCCUCAAAACCUUAUUCAGACUUGAUAACGACCAAGCUGCAAGAUAUAUAGCUAAGAAUGAGGAGUCAGUCUGUCUUGACAGAGAAGCUGGUAUUAGAGACUAUUAUGAAUUUGAAGCAUAUAUUAUGUUUGAUGAUGCGAUGGAAACGACAGAAAGUAGAGAUGGUGGAGAAAAGAAACGGGAACCUUAUGAGUUCGUACAACAGUUAAUCGAAAUCAUUUCAGAAGCAAGGAUGGCCGAUUACCAGGUGACAAUCAAUCUAGAACCCCCAUCGAAGCUUAUUACUCCAUAUGGUGGACGUUUAGAACGGACAUUACCAGGAGGAAAUAAACUUGCUGUACAUUUAAAAGAUAAACUUAGAAUUAGGCACAAGAAGAGAUGGUCCCAGAUUAUGUACUUAUAUUAUUUGAUUGGUUAUAAAUUAGUGAACAGUGAGCUACAACAGACGGAAAAAGUAAAAGAUUUUGAAAGUGCUCAGAACAUUUUUGAAAACCUCCCAAAAAGCUUAAACCAACAGGUAGAGAACACCUAUGUAAUGGCUUUAGAUAGUGAUGUUGACUUUUCUCCAGAAGCACUUCAGCUACUCAUAGACAGAAUGAAGAAAAAUACAAAUGUUGGUGCGACAUGUGGUCGUAUUAAACCUGGAGGGUCUGGUCCGGUUAUGUGGUACCAGAAAUUCGAAUAUGCUAUAGGACAUUGGUUACAAAAGUCAGCAGAGCAUGUUUUCGGUUGUGUGCUUUGUAGUCCCGGAUGUUUUAGUCUGUUUCGGGCAAAAGCUUUAAUGGAUGAUAACAUCAUGAGAACGUAUGCAAAUUUACCAACAGAACCCAAACAUUAUAUACACUACGAUCAAGGUGAAGAUAGAUGGCUCUGCACGCUCUUUUUACAACAAGGCUAUCGUAUUGAAUACUGUGCAGCUGCGGAAGUAUUGACGUUCGCUCCAGAGGAACUUCAGAAAUAA